CAAAUCGGCAAGUGCCUAUUAUCUUCAAGACUAAAAGCGAUCUCCUUGAAAUGCGACUAACUGACGUGCGUAUCGCCCUAGCCAUGUGCUUCCCUGGUAGGUAACUACCCUAAAGGGGAAGUCUCAGGCAAUCGUCGCAGAGCUCGCAGACACUAAACGUGUGGGGUAGAUAGGUACCCGAUUAGGGAGUUGCAAUGCCUCGGGACCUCAGUGUCAGGGUAAUAGAUAGGCUAAUUGCAACUUGAACCUCGAAAGUCUUGGGAAGUCAUCAAGGUUCACGCAAUCACGUGUUUAAUGUUCUUCUCUUCUUGAAUCCUUGGAUAAAGAAAAUAUUCCUUACCUUUUAUUUCAUCUUGGUAUUUUGAUGUUGAAGCCGGAAGUUACCAAUAGUCGAAACUAUCGCAAUGGACAACCAAUUCGACGACUUCGUCUUUAUCACACAUGAAGAUGCUGACUUAGCUCAAUCUAAGCCGGGGUACCUUAGCGAGAUCGGAGAUUUCAUUAACAGCAUAGCCGAUGAUUUAUGGCCUGUCAAUAAGAAGAUUCACGACAACCCAGAGCUCGGUUACGAGGAGUUUAUCGCCCAUGAGACCUUGACGAAAUUCAUGGCUAGUAGGCCAGGAUGGAAAGUCACACCAUCUGCCUAUGGAUUGGCCACGGCUUGGGUUGCUGUCUUCGAUAGUGGGAAGAAGGGUCCGGUCGUGUCUUUCAAUGUAGAAAUGGAUGCAUUGGAUGGCAUUGGGCAUGCCUGUGGUCAUAAUCUUAUUGCUACAGCUUCUGUAGCUGGUGGAUUGGCGACAGCGGAGAUAAUGAAAAAGCAUGGAUUGAAGGGUAAAGUUGUCAUGUUCGGAACUCCCGCAGAAGAAGGCGGAGGCGGCAAAAUCAAACUCUUGGAAGCCGGGGCGUAUAGAGAUCAUAAUGUUGAUAUCAACUUGAUCUCUCAUCCUGGAAUCACUAAAGAUACUGCUCUAAUGCGAACGUCUGCGUACACUGCGUUCAAGGUUGAAUAUUUUGGUCGGGAGGCCCAUGCUGCAGCGAGCCCUUGGCUGGGUAUUAACGCGCUAGAUGCGUUAAUUACAGCGUAUAAUGCGCUAUCUGUUCUCCGCCAACAGACGAUGCCAGGGGAUGUUAUACAGGGCAAUAUCACAGAUGGCGGGGUUCGACCUAACGUAAUCCACGCAUACACGGCCGGCAACUUUGUGACCCGCGCAAACACCCAAGAGAGGGUGAAGGAGUUGAAAAAGAAAGUUGACGCUUGCUUUGAAGCAGGAUCAACAGCGACAGGCGCAAAAUUUCAGAUGACUCCGGUGCAGUCUUAUGCAGACCAUGUUCCUAAUCGAGUGCUAGGUGCUUCUUAUCGAAAGUAUUUCAAUGCGCUUUCGCCUCCUCAGCCGAUUCCGGGAAAUGAUGACCUUGGAGAGAUUGAGGGUCGGACAAUGGCUAGUACUGAUCAAGGAGAUAUAAGCUAUGCAAUGCCCAGCUUGAGCGCAGGAUUUGCGAUUCAACCAGGUCCAGGAGGGAAUGGACCUCACAAUCCAGAGUUUGCUGGGGCAGCUGGAACCAGGGAUGCAUUUGAGAGGUGUUUGAGAGUAGGGAAAGCGCUUGCAGGUACAGCUACAGAUGUUUUGACGGAAGAUGGUCUUCUAGCGAAAGUGAAGAAGGAAUGGCAGAGGGAUAUUAAACGAAAUUAACGCCGAAAACUGGGGGUUUGUAUAGGGAGCGUCUUUACUUAUGAGACCAACAAGAAAUCAUUUGGUAUCAAUUGGCCAGCAAACCAAUGAAAUCGCGGAGUAAAUAAUUGGGAAAUCUGAAGGUUUUCAUGUUGGCCAAUAGUCCUUCCUGAUUAAGAGUAAAGUAUAUAUGUAUGUGAUCGCUACUUCGAUUAUUGUGAUUGUAAGGUGCGAACGUUGCUCAGCUUGGUUGGAAUUGGGAGUAAUGAGGUAGUAGCUCUGGAACAGCUGCUGGAAUUCAAAAUACAAGGGAGGAUCGACUAAAUUACAGCGCUAAUAAAGAAGGAAGAACCGCUGUCACGUGGCGAUAGAGGGGACGUAAUGGACUUUUUAGUAUAGCGAUAAGAAAAUAAUCUAAAGAG